CGUCCCCACCCCUGCCCCGAGUGCGGGAAGACCUUCGGCCGCCUGACCCACCUGCGGACCCACCUGCGGACGCACACGGGGGCGAAGCCCUUCGGCUGCGGCGCCUGCGGGAAGCGCUUCGGCCACUUGUCCACGCUGACCACGCACCGGCGCCUGCACACCGGGGAGCGGCCCUACGGCUGCUCCGCCUGCGGCAAGAGCUUCACCAACCCCUCGGACCUGGGCAAGCACCGGCGCUCGCACACGGGGGAGCGGCCCUACCCCUGCCCGGCCUGCGGGAAGCGCUUCAGCCAGCAGUCCAACCUGGCCAUGCACCGGCGCAGCCACACGCAGGAGCGGCCCUACCCCUGCGCGCUCUGCGGGAAGAGCUUCAAGUACCUGGCGGACCUGACGGUGCACGGCAGGUCCCACACCGGGGAACGGCCCUUCCCCUGCCCGGCCUGCGGGAAGAGCUUCAGCAACAAGUCGUCGCUGGCGCGGCACGGCCGGAUCCACGCCCGGGCGGCCGGCAGGGACAAGUGA